AUUGGUUCACUCCACAGUGGAAGCUGGAAAUGAAGGAGAAGUUGUUGAAACUGGAAGAGAAAAUGGGUUUGCAUCGAUUCAUCAGCAAACAGAUUGAGGAGGCAAGUUUGUUAGGAAAUUCGUAUUGCAAUCUGGCGUAUGUGACCAAUAAGUUGCUCGAACCUGAGCUUAGAAUCGGGUGCAGAAUAAACAACUACUUGCGAAUCGAAAUCGUCUUGGAUCAUCAUCUUCUUUCAGAUGAUUUGAAAAAGAAGUUGAAGACAAUGCAGGAUGAUUUUAACAAGCAGUCGGAGAAAGGAAGUUGAUUCGCUUCAAUGGACGGUAUG